CCGCGAGGCAUUGUAUAUAGAUCGCGCCGCGCGCGCUCCGCGAAUUGUGCAACUUUGCGAAAUCGCGAUCGCAUCGUCGGGAAUCCGAGCGGGAAAUCCGUAUAUUGCUCAACAAGGGCGAGAUAAUUGGUUAUACAACGGAUUCGUACAAUUCGAUGAUUAUCGAGGUGCAGGUAGUCGUUAUCGCGCUGAACGUUAUGAUUGCGCGAUGAUGGUGCAUAUAUUGUUACACGUCUCAGAUAAAUGCGGGAGAUAACGUAGGCGGGUUACCUCCUACAGGCGAUAGAAUUUCAUACGUUUGCCGUACGUCCCUCGUAAUAUAGGUAUAGUCCCGCGAACUGCCGAGGAGUCCGAAUUCGCCAAAAAUGGUCGAGCGCCAGUACGUGCGGGGAUACGAGGAGUUUCUCAAGUUUACCGACGAGAGCCGCACGCGAUAUGGAAAUACGUACGAUCGGAUAUACGUGCUGUACACCGGCACGAAGCUGCCGGACACCGGCGAGAGUUGGUGCCCGGACUGCGUGGAAGCUGAGCCAUAUAUCGAAAAUGGUUUCAAAGCAAUAUCUAAAGUAGAGACCAUACUAUUAGUGAUAGUGGAGGUCGGUGACAGGCCAUUCUGGAAAGAUCCGAAUUGUCCGUUCAGAACAAAUGUUCAUAGCAAGUUGAAAGUCUUGCCGACUCUAGCUAGAUGGGGGACUCAGAAACGUUUAGAGGGUGAUCAAUUGCUGGAUCCUGAACUUAUCGAAAUGUUACUGACAGAUGGGGAUGACUGAACGAUUGUAAUAUAGGUACAUCUUGUCUUUCUGAAUUUUUCACAAAAAGUAUAUUGUAUAUCUUGAUUUAUAAGCGUAUACGUAAACUACAUAUAUUUUCGUAUA